UACCCUCUCAGUCCGGCCAGUCGUCAGUAGCACUUCCACCAUGACUUGGACCUCAUCUGUCGCGUGUCUCCUGGUACUCGCCCUCGCCUCCGCCUCGCCGGUGGAGGAGUCUCGGCACCAGAAGGAGCUCAGGGAACAUUACCAACAUCUGUCCUACAUCACAGAAUACUCCUGUCAUCAUCCCCAAGCUAGGUCUGUCCCUGUACAUGAACUACUCUCACCGUACCAGACCCGAGGAAAGGCCUACUUCCCUGAGGUGACCAUUCUCCACCGCUGCGACACUUUCGCUGGUUGCUGCGAGGGAGGAAAGAAGUGCAGCCCUCUACACGCCGAGGUCGUACAUCUGCCCUUCAAGGUCACCUACCUCGAGGACAUGCACCACCACCACAAGGGCGAAUGGGAGAUGGAAUACUUCAGCUUUGACAACCACACCGUCUGCCAUUGCGACCACCGCCGUGGCCUGUACAGUCCCGACCAGCACCACGAUAGCCACGAUCACCACGACAGCCACGAUCACCACGACAGCCACGAUCACCACGACGAGCACUCCAUCAAGGGCGACUUCCGCGACGAGCUCGCCGUCCACGAUGAGGCCCACCGUCUAGAGCCCAAACACGAGAAGAAAAUAGACUCUUUGUACAUUACUAUCUGAACACGUCAUCAAGUAUUACCAGUAUUUUAUAAUUUUGUACAGUUGAAUUUGAAACCUAAGACAAAAUAAAUUUAAGGUUUUUUAAA